AUGUUUGAUUUUAUCCAGGACAUCUUUCACCUCUUGCCGAACGGAGACCAGCCAAACAAUCUGCUCCAACAAGCCCUCUUACGUGCAGAGAAGAUGAGACUUGAACAGGGAAGCGAUCUGCGUGGCGCAUUUGACACUAUACCUCUCAUGCAGACAGGACAGAUGGCUGCGGGUGUGGGCGAAUUCUAUCGUCUCCUGGAGAUCUUCUUCAGCUGCGUUUUGAAGACGAGAAACAGGACGCAUGCACAACAGGAAGGCGGAGGCGGGGGCGGGGGAAGAGGUAGUGGGACUACAGCAGGUUCGAGUAGGGUCGUGUGGCCGCCACCACCAUUACAUUCGUUAUCUCAACCUCCCCAAACUCCACUCCCAAGAGGACACCUUCCGAAUGAAGAUUCACGGGAAAAGGUGAAUGAGGUGACAAAUAAAAGCGAAUUCGGAACUCCGGCAUUGAAUUCCCUCAUUGAAAUGACCCUGUCAAAAACCUACCAACUCGGUAACUCCGAUGAAAUACCAAAAGCAAAGCAUACCCAGAAACACGUCUUAAUCGGUGCAGCGAUGACGCCAGAUUUGGGCACAGAAUCGUCAGUCAAUAUGCGAGCACCGAAAAGACGAAAAACUCGCACCACCUUCACCUCCUUUCAGUUGGCAGAACUGGAGGUCUACUUUAGCAAGCAGAAGUACCUCACACCAGCUGAUAGGGAUCAAAUAGCUGGAGAACUUGGUCUCUCUAGUACACAGGUUAUCACUUGGUUUCAAAAUCGUCGGGCCAAAAAGAAACGCGAAUGUGCAGAACUGGAGCGUGAUAUUCUCGCGGCCAAGCGAAAUCGAGAAAAAACCACCACUUUCCUCUUCGAUGUCCCCCAGUUACCUCCAACACUCACGCACUCCUCGGUGGAGGAUGGAGGCUUCUUGUCGGUCUCCCCCUCCUCUCCCACUGUCCCGACACAUGCCUCAUCUUCCACUUUGUUUGAAAAUUCACCAACCAAAGCUGAGUUUAGCGUUCCAAGUCUGGCCGGUUGUGAGCCCCAACGGCCUGAUCCCAAACCGAUCUGGCGACCGAUUUCUCUGGAGGAUACCAGCAAGGAAUAA